AUGCAUAUUUUUAAUUCAUAUUUAGGUAGCAGUCGUGUGAAUGAACCAAUGCACGCGGUCCUUGAAGGUGAACUGAGUGAAAGUGUGCUACUAGAAGGAGAGCAGUCACAGAAUGUCAGAAACAGCGCCCUCAUACACUACCUUGCAACAUUGGCAAACUCAAACAGCACCAGCGAUACAUUUGAUUAUGCUUUCGUUCAAUCUCUUCUUAACAACGGAGCAGAUAUUAACAGUGCAGACAAAACUGGACAAACUGUGUUUCAUGAAGUGGCAAGAUCUUGGAAUAUUGAUGUCGCGACAUUUCUCAUCAAACAUGGUAUACGUUUUAUUAACUUAAGCUUCUAAAAAUAUUAAGAUUUAUGCGAUAUUAUUCAAUAAAAAGAUUAUAAUGUGACAUUGCAAGUAGUAAUAUACAUAAUAUUCAUUUUGUUAUACAGUAUUAUCCUAAUAGAUAUUCCUGCAACCGUAAUGUCGUGACAAGCGAGUCCGGUAUUGUGCCUGACUGGCGCAUAACUCCGUGACAGAGUGAAUAUAAAGCGAUGACAAUCUUCGUUUCGGUACCGCGACCACCAUUCUCAUUCAAGCGCGGCGGCGACUGAGACUAAACGCUAUAUAAGAAUGUCGCGGGUUCGAUUCCCACACUUCUUCAGCUUGCCCGAACCCGAAGGAGAACCGGCUCUUCGAGUAAUGUCAUCUCAGAAUAUAAUUUACCCGAGUUUUAAUUCCAUAACGAUUAAUGAUAGAGUCAAGGCUAUAGCGCUAGAUAACUUUUGUUUGUCUUUGUCGUUUUAGGUGCAAAUGUGAACCAACAAGAUCAGUAUGGUCGAUCACCACUUCACGUUGCUGCGGCAGUAGAUUAUGCUGAAAUGGUGGAGUUUCUUCUUCAAAAUGGAGCUGAUAUUGAUAUUAAAACGUCUGGUGAAGGACAGACUGCAAUGCAUUAUGGCGCUAAAAAUGACGCCAUUAACUCUAUUCAGAUGUUACUAGGUUACGGAGCAAACAUUGACGCACGUGACAGCAAGAACAGAACACCACUACAGGUAGGGAAAUCAAAGUCGAGUUCAGACACGUUUCCAGAAUACUUUCUAGGUCCCGCGUUAGGCGCAAAGUAUUCAGGUGCUCUAAAGUAACAACAACAGCUGUAUGGACAUGCUAGGGAAUUCCACAUCUUUUUAUGGCUCAAUUCAGUGUUUAUGCGAGAGUAACUAUGUGGGAACAUAUAGUCUGUAAACCAUGUAAAUAACUAAAUAGUUUUACGGCAUAUACUUUGCUGGACAUACAAGACGAAUUUAGGUACUCUUACGGAUUAAUAAGAAUUUAUUGAGAAAGUGCAUGAACGUUUACUUUUACAGUGCAAGUAUCUUUCUUUGUCGAUAGUUAAAGAAUUCCCAUCACUAUUUACAAAAAAUCAACACGGAAUUCAAUUAAUUAAACAUGAUUCUAUAAGAAAAUACCACAAUCUAUUGAUUCAGCAUGUUUUCAAUUUCGCCAAUGUCCACGGCAAACUGAUUGUUAACAAACUGGGUUUCACAGGUUUCAGCUGAGAUGAAUCGUUCUAAAGCUGCCAAACUCUUGAUUGCCGAAGGCGCUCCGGCUGGUGUGUAUGACAACCUGGGAAACUCUGCCUUGUGUCUCCUCAUUGAAAAGAUUCCUGAAGUGGCUUUGGAUGCAAUGGAUCAGUUUCAUUCAGUAGACACGAUCAAUCGUAAAAAAUUUUACUUUCUUAACUAUCUUGAAGGAACAAAGUUAAAAGGACAGAAAACGCCUGCUCGAACUCCUCUUGAGAUAGCUGUUCAGAAUGAGAGAUUUGACAUCAUCAUGCAUCCCGUCAUGCAACGCCUGAUUGCAGUGAAGUGGCAAAUGUACGGCAAAUGGGGCGCCAUCUUUGAUCUGGUAAUAAAUCUUGUCUACACCAUAUUGUGGACUGUAGUUGCAAUCACCUUGCCGAGCAAUGGACAAGAUCUUUAUUUGCCACUGGCACAAAACUCUUGGAGAUUGAUAAUUGGAAAUUUGCUCCUCGUAUUUACAAUUGCGGAGAUUAGGAAGCAGAUCAUGAGUAAGUAAUUUUACUAUGGACGUUUCUCAUUAAUUCUCAAAUUCAUUAAUAAUUCAUGAGCAAUUCAGACAAUGAUAAUCACCUAUUUGAUCACAAGAUGCCAUUUGGAUAACCCGGUGAAACUUGAUGAAAGUCACUAGUGUUUUCAUCAAAUAUCUUAAUUACGCAUGCAAAAUUACUUGAAUAGAAUUGCUAAUUACGUUAUGCUUGGUUAAGAAUUCUAUUCAAAUCAGCAAACGAAAACAUUCUGUUAUGUACAUCUCGAAUCAUUUGAGAAGCCAUAUGAACAACUUGAGCUCGUGUCUCACCGGGAUAUCCAAACACUCGAAAAUAAUGUAUGAAAACACUCGCGCUUCGCGCUCGUGUUUUCAUACAUUGUUUACUCGUGUUUGGAUAUCCCGGUGAAACACUCGCUCUCGUUGUUCAUAUAUUACUUCUCUAUCUUUGAAGAUGAUUGGAUGUGAAUUGAGAAACGAGAAAUUUCUUUUCUUUUCAGACACAAUGAAAACCCGCCAUGAAUUGAAGCAAUGGCGGGAAUGGCGUGCUGCUGAACUUGAAAGAGAUCUGGCAUAUUGUCAUCCAAGAUGGUCGCAAGAGGACCAAUAUCUUACAGCAGAGACCAAGGCUGUGAGAAACCUAUCUCUCAUCUCCGGAUCUGAUUGGUGGAUAUAUUUUGACUGGGCUGCACUCGUGUUUAUCCUAGCAACCAUUGCAUCUCAUGUGACGUUUUUCCACUACAGUACCGAUACAUCUAAAGAAGUCCAUCAAUAUAUCAUAAUACCACUACUGCUAAUUCUCUGGUUUAGAAUUUUUAAAUAUGCCAGACCGUUCGAAAGUGCCGGUCCUUUUGUAGUCAUCUUUGGCCAUGUUUUGGGCGACAUCAUAAAAUGGGCAUUUUUGAACUCCAUUAUAGUCAUUCCAUUUACUUGUGCAUUUUGGAUAACAUUUGGGGCAACCUCCUUGAAACCUGUUCCCGGUUACGACACCGUCGGCUCGUUGUUAUACAACAUCUUCUCCAUGAUGGUUGUUGAUAAUCAUAAUUAUGAAUGUUUAGAAAAAGCAAAUCCUGUCAUGGCGAGAUUGCUGUGUGGUACGUUCAUCGCAAUUGCUGCAAUAGUCACCAUAAAUCUACUCAUUGCUUUACUUUCGAACACAUUCGAAAGAUUGUACCAGAACGCAGUUGAGAACGCCGUAAUGCAGAGAGCUCGAACUAUACUUCUUCUCCAAAAGUCGUUAAGAAAAAAACAAAUAAAUGAAUAUUAUGACUUCAUUAAAACCAACGGAAGUCCAGAAGUUAUUGUAAAAACCCUCGGUCGGUUACUAGUGAUGGGUGGUGAAGAUCAUGCGAGCAUUGAACGUGUUCGUGAUGACGUGAAGGUGAUUGUUAAUAUGCUUGGCGAAAGAUUCGGAAGAAAAUUUGGCAAAGGAAAGAAAUCUGAUAUGGAUUGGGUAAAAAUGGACGUAAGUAAAGUAAGACGAUUUCAGGAAGAACUUAUUGUCGACGUUAAAAAUAUGAAACAAGCAUUGCAAGAAAUAACAGAAAAAGUCAAGCAGAUAGAUAACACUGAUAUGAGUGAUAUGAAGCAAACAUUACAAGAAAUAACAGAAAAUGUGGAAGAAAUAAAGAACACCACCAAAAAUACUAAUAACAGCACCUCCAACACUACCAUCACUGGCACUGCAUCAAAUUUUGAAACACAAUCCACUGGUCUUUCAGGGGAGAAAAUUCAACAGCAAAGGCUUCGUAACAGAUCUGAAGAAUAUUCUGAUGAAUCUGGAACGGAAACUUCCGAAAGUGAGUCUACUAAUGAAGGUAAUGCACCCUGCAACCGAUAUGCAAAGUUGACGAAGCACGGAAAUGAAAGGGAACGAAGUGACCACACAGAACAAACAUUAACCAAGAAAUCUACGAAAAGAAAUAAAACAUUGCAAAUUACUCCAGAAACAAAAGACACUGGAGAUCAUAAUGCAGGCACAACACAUAAGCGACUGGCUUUCCCGUAUCAGUCAAUUUCAACAUUCCAAGAUAUAUUGCAGCCGCAUGCUGGACAUAUUAUGAGAAACAGUCAGCACAGCUAUCCUACGAAUUGUUAUAACCUUGGCAUUAAGACCAAAUACGAUGCAGGAAAUCCAGGAACAACGUCUGGAAUUUUGAAAGCUUAUGAUCAGGUAUCAAAUCCAUCUAUUAUUUAACGAUAACUAGAAAUUAAUAGAAUUUUAGAAAAUUUCCCAAUCUCUAAACAGAAAUGUGCGUGUUUCAUUUAUGGUGAACAAGAAGAAAGAUAACUUGAAAAAUAUAAAUUUUUGGGAAAAAAUUUACAAACAUUUGGAAAACGUAUUUACAAAGUAGAGUAUAGCACAUUUAAGGUUCAUUUGGUUCUAAAUGCAAAUAUUAAUGCUAAAGCAACAAAUUAACAAUUUUAACUCACUAAGAUAAUAAAAAGCCUAAUUCUUGACAAAUUGUAAUGCUUCAGCCUCCAAUUGUUUCAGACAAGAAUAUUUUCGGACAAAACUGAUAAUCAUUUACGGGCGGAUAAUCGAAAGGUAGGCCUUCAAGGAUGAGCUAACACACCAAAACAUUAAAAUAUAGUAUAUGCUCACCAUCCCCCCACCCCCAACCCCGAACCUUUGCAGCAUGUUUUGAGUCUUUCAAAGAUUGAAUUUCUCAUCAAAUUCCGUGACAACAAACCAUUCUUACUUAAUUUUCCAAACACAGACACCUUAUGGCAACAACCAGUGGUUCGCUACAGCGCAGCCCAACAAAAGUGUUUACUCUCAGGAUCACCACUCGAUAGAAAAUCCUGGCUUGCAACAGAGACAAAGUUUUAAUCAACGACCUAACCACAAAACGAUUGCACCAAAUUUCAAUCAACUAUCAUCUGCAUAUGAUAUGAGGCAGCCUGAAAAAUUGUAUGUCGACAGAAGUUCGCCAUACUUUCAUCCACCACCACCUGAAAACAUGACGUCAUUACAAUCCUCGCCAUAUGUAAGGCAAUCUCUUGCAGAAAGUCGUUUCCAGCAACCGCCAUCAAUGCAGAACGCCCAGGAACCAUAUGAAUACCAGAAUUAUGGCUUUCAGCCAGAUAUCCAUCAGUCUAUGUCCAGUGGAUACAGACAUAUGGGUCUGAACUCCCCGGUAUUUACUAAUUAUGAAUAUGGGAGACCCGGAGGAGCGAUCAAUCCAUUAUAUGCGUCAGGUGAGAAACCUGGGUUGCAACGUGCACCCCAACAGCUCCCAAAUUCUGAACUGCUCCAUUCAGAACAUAAUUCGGCAUUUCAAACGCGUUAUGACACCCAACAAUAUUCUAUACCGCACAUAGUUCAAAGUUCAAGUUUAUCUGGACCAGGACGAGCAUCUCAACAAUUUUCAGUGUCCAAGAUGAAAAUACCCCAAAUCCAAAACCAGAGUCAACUGACAGACACCGUCAAUGGUGAAAGCGAUGCAAUCGUUAAAGACCAAACAACAGUAAUCCAGUCAGCAUCUGAAAAAAUAGAAGCGAAUGGAGAUAAUGAAUUCAAACCAUCUGAGGCUGAUUCAUCUCAAAAUAUCCCGGAAAUUGAUAUAUCUCAAAAUGAAACUCUGGGAGCUGGUCUGGUGAUACCAAGCAAUGGAGAAAAGUGGAAUAAUCAAUAUAGUCGUCCAUCCACGCCAAUUGCACCAAAACUUAUGAACAAGGUCAAUUUUUUCGAAGAGAAAAUAGUUGAGAAUCAGCCGACAAAAUCUACCAGUUAUGGUGAAGAGAUGCAGGGUAACUAUAUUCCGAUGUCCAAUCUUUCUGAACACUUCCCAUCAUCUAUACCUCAAAAUGUUCCAGGAGAACCCUCCGACAUCGCAGUUUAUAACGAUUUUGUCACUGCUGAAAUGUCAUCCGACAAUACAAUAAAGGUAUGUUAUUCUACAUAACAAUAUAUAUAACCGUCAAAAGAUCUCACCGUGAUAACCAAUGUACCUCUCUUUAAUUAAGGUGUCUAUCGCAGGUAUCCUUAUAAAUUCGUAAGGGAAAAACUUGUUCGCAAUAAAGGCGAUAUAUUUUACAUAAUUCAUUAAUACUCUAUAUACAAUCGGUGUGACCUAUAUAAGGUCAAAGCCAUGCCUUCCAGAGUUCGGGACACUUCGAAUGCCAAGUACACGGCUGAGCCGGCUCUCGCCGCCGAUGCAGACGAUGAAAAGCGUAUUAAUUAAAAAGGUGGUGAAGGUGAACAAGCAAAAUAAUGUGUAGUAACGAGAAUAGACAAAUAUAUAUUUUUAAACUGGUUCAUCAUAUAGGUUCCAACGAAAAAUUCAAACGCUGAAUCACACAGUGUAACCGAUGAACAACCGAAGACUGAAGAAUAUCGACACAACAGCACAUUCCGAGAAACAACAGGAGAUCUGCGAGAUAUACCAAUUCAACCACCUUCCAAGAUCAAAGAUUUGGACGUUAAAAAUGAAAUGUCUGAAGAAAUUUCAUCCGAAGAUACAGAAGAGGAAAUUCCAGAUAUAGUAUUGUCUCCAGUGGUGGAAAAGACAUCUGAUGAAGUCAAAAUUUAAUUGUGGACAUCUAAUAAACAAUACACCACAGUUAAUAAUCAAUAUGAUGAUUUUAGGGUUUAUUACUGUAGUUGUAUUAUAAGAUAAAGUAACAGCAAUAAUUAUACUGUACGUAUUCCUAUAGUCAAAUUCAGGACAUGUUAGAGGCAUGACAUUUCCUUUAAACCAUGACAUUUCCUUUCAAAUUAGAAAAAUGUAGGAAAGCAGCUUAUUUAGUCAUACAAAUACAUUCGGUUUAUUUUACGACAUAGAGGUUAUAGUUAAAUCUCAAGGUGAUAUAGGGGCUAUACUGAAUGUAUGCUAAAUUUCAAUACUAUAAAGUACCAGAGUUUAUGAUGUAAACAAAAAACGGACGGUUUUAUAUGUCACAGCAAGAGCUGUGACAUCACAAACUUUAUGUUUUCGAAAGUAUUUUGUCAAAAUUACCUUGGGUGGACUUUUUGUGCGCAUUCUCUUGAACCACAAACAACUCAUGCAUAAUUGCGAUCAUAUAGAUCUUUAUUGGGUCUCUGAGUUUAAAUUGCGACUCCACUGUUAUUUAAUUUGAACUGUGAGCGGGGAACAAUUUUGACAACAAAUCAGCC